AUGGCCUCCAAGUACGCGUUCAGCAGCGCCGUCAGGGAGCUGCGCUUUGCCCUCUGCCAGUCCUCGUCCCAGAGCGCUGCCACACGGAAUUUCCUCCUGCGCGCCUACCCGACCAUGAAGAAGCACAACCCUCACACUCCGAUCCUCAUCAGGGAAGCUCAGAAUGUGGAGCCUAAGGUUUACGCGAGAUACGAGUUCGGAAAGGAGAAGAUGUUGCCAUUGUCGGGCCUGGAUGAUGCGACUAUUGAGAGCAAAGUUACCGAGCUGGUCAAGUCGUCAUAG